AUGAGCAGUCCCUCCACAGACUCGUAUACCACAGAGGCAGACCCAGAAAGACCAAGACACCUCGGUCUAAUCACCAACGAUGAUGACCACCCUUUAACCAAUGGCCAUCCCCUAACCAACGGCCACCUCACCAACGGCCACCACUCCGACGAGAGCAACACAGCCGAAGAAGUGCAGAUGCGCUCACCAGUCCGCAUCAUCGCAUCCAGCAGCUCAACCGAACCCUCGAUCCACGUCAGAACUACAGGAGCAGGAGCAGGGACAGUCCCUACCCAGACCUACAUCACCGGAACAACCAUCAACGGCACCCACAUCAGCGGAAUCACCAUCAACGGCACCAACGUCAACGGAACUACCAUCAACGGGGUAUCCAUAAACAUCAGCGGCGGUGCAACCAUCAACGAAACCAGCAACAACAUUGACCCAACUCUCAUCGAACGAGCUCCACCUCCUCUUGAAGAACAAGAAGCCGAAGCAGCUUUCGCGGCCACAGUAGCAAGUGUGAUCACCUCCAACGCUAACGAGCGAACUGCGGUUACCGUCAACGAACGAACCGGAUCCAUCAGCCUUGACACGGGCGUCACCAAGGUUUAUCCUAGAGCAUUGUUUGACAUUAAUCCGGCUAAGCUUGGGGAUCUUUUGAGGAGGGAGUUUGGAGAUCCGUGGGGGAGGGAGCCGCCUGUUUGGGUGGUUGAGAGACAGGAUACUUCACCGAUUCUGGAAAGAAGAUGUAGACAGACUCCAGGCACUUUGCAACAUUCUGCUCAGAUCCCACCGCAAACUGAUUUCCCCGUGCCACACCUUUGCAACUGCCUCACUAAGUUCACACUACUCAACAUCAUGUCAGACGAACUUCCUCGCCAAAAUUUCUCCGCAGCCCGGGUGGCAGUCAGAGGUCUCCCUGGCCCGGCACCUGUCAACGCCACAGCCGAUUUCACCGAUGAGACCGUUCUCAGCAACUGGGAUGCCUGCACAGGAGAAAUCACAAAGAUGCUCAAGGAAUUGAAUGAUCGGCGUGAGGGAUGUUGGUUCUGGCGACUGGGAAUUGUUGAAGAUGAAAAGGCGAAAGGGAGCCCAGGGUACAUACGUCCAACAGAAUUCAACUGCUACCGCGUUUAUGGCCCCCGGUUACUCACCGACAAGGAAAAGACCCGGCUUGAGAAGGAAUGCAGUUGUAAUCCUAAGCCUGGAAAGGAGUGUAUAAGAUUUGAAGUAAGGAAAGGACCAAAGACUCCCAUCUACAAGGACGUUCGGCAGCAGGAGGAUUCUGGCGAUGAAUCCGGGGAAGACAUUUGA